GUCUGUAUUAUUUCUGCCUCCCACUGUACUCUGUUGGAAUGCACUUAAGUCCUACAUAGUACUUACAGUCCGUGCGAAGCAGAGCAUCAUGUUUUGAUAAUCAGCCUGCAUGUCUGGAAUAAUACCGACUGUUCUUACAACGUACUUUUUCUGCUUCUUUCUCUUUUGCUCUGACUUACGGCCAGGGGUAAUCGAUGCAGAAAUACUCCGCCAUCUCUCGCAGCCAAGAAAGCAGCUGUUUGCAAUGAACUUAACUCCAUCACGGAAGAAUCCAUCAUUGGAGAAGGUCAAACGAUUGAUUGACCCGGUUGCUCAGACAUUUUAUCCCGGCGAAUCUGCAGCCAUGAUUUGGUAGCCCAUAUAUUAAUACUAGACAAACACG